AUGUACAGCUUUCUUGCCUAUCAUUACGCAUGUUGGUCAUACGGUAUCCUCCCCGGAAUGCCUCCGCGUGCCUCGCCGAGCGCGGGUGCCCGCUACAUCCUGGGCGCCUGCUCCUCGCUUCGAUUCGGAGAAAUGGACUGCGUUUUCGAGUGGCUUGAUAGCCUCAUGAGGCGGAGGCUAGGAGCAUGGCUGGACGUUUAUAAGAAGGAGAGAGGUCUUCCCGAAGACUCGGGCCUUACCAAAGUGUCUAGCAUAUCCACCGAGUCUCAAAGAGGCUCACCCUUGAUCUGCUUCCCGGGCGGACGUGACGGAUACGAUGUCCCACGAGCCACGGGAUCGAUAGCCGAUCCCGUUCCCGGCAUGUUCUCGCAAAGGUUCUGA